CGAAGUCGACCAAGAACAGCGAUGCCCGUUGCUCAGACGUUCCGCGCGUACCAGUAUGAUCACUACGGUCCACAGGAGCAGGAGCUUAAGCUCCGUCUGUCUGUGAAGCAGUCAGAGCUCGGGUCCAACCAAGUGCGUAUCAAAGUGACCAGCGCGGCCAUUAAUCCCAUCGACUACAUCUUGUUGGAACAGGCCGGCGAGGCCUUCACGGGCAAAGUGCCGACGCCUGAGAAGCCGUUCGGCAUCGGGUUCGACGCGGCCGGCACCGUCGUGGAAGUCGGGAGCGAGGCUAAGCGACUCAAAGUGGGCGACCAGGUGUACGCCAUGACGCCGUUUGACGCAUGUGGCACUGUGGCCGACUACGCGGUCUUCAACGAGGAUCUAGUGGCUCUAAAGCCCAAGAACUUAACGUUUGAUCAGGCUGCUAGCAUCCCUUUGAUCGGACUCACCAGCUAUCAAGCUCUCGUGGAGCAUGCGAAGCUCCAAAAGGGCGAAAACGUGCUCAUUCUCGGCGGUAGCAGCGCCGUCGGGAUGUUCGCUAUCCAAUUAGCGCACGCCAUUGGUGCUCGUGUGGUCACAACCACGAGUGCCAAGAACACCGACUUUGCUAAGGGUCUUGGCGCGGACCGCGUCAUCAAUUACCAUACGCACAAGUGGGUACAGGAACUCGAUCCACACUCGGUGGAUGUGAUCUACGACUGCGGCAUGGAAGCGGACGCGUGGAAUUCAGACGCGCAGUUGACUCUAAAGCAGAAUACUGGACGCUUUGUGUCGCUUCUACCGAUUACGGAGCCUGUGAAGUCUGCACAGUUUGGCGCGAAGAACUUGGGUAACAUACUGGUGUACCCGACUGCGAAGGGUCUGGAAGAGAUCGCGACGUACCUGGAAAAAGGCACCAUCGUCCCCGUUAUUGACACCGUAUACGAGUUUGAAAAACUUCACACGGCCUUGACGAAGCUCAAGGGAAGACACUCGCGUGGUAAACUGGUGAUCAAGGUGAAUCCCGAAAGUCAGUGA